AUGACUGACUCGUGGAGACCCUCGAGUUUCAUCCCACUCCGUUUGCUUACACACCGGCUUGCAAGUACACCUGAUUGGCAGCUCCCCCACGUCGUUCCGAUUUUGGCCGGAUACGUUAGGGAAUGUAGCACACCUAGGUCUGCCUUGCCUGAGGCUAGCACUCGAAACAAUGCCGAGGAAACAGUCCUGAUCCAUCAAUUCAAAACUCAAGUCUCGGCCUUCCUUCAAGGCAAAACCAACAACGGCAAGUUCACGGCGAUUGUGCUGAUCAAGACCCUGGUCGAAGCCGCCGGUCACGAUGUCUUGCAUGAGACGAUUCCGUGGGUACGGCAUCUACUUGUCUUGUUCAAGAGGCCAGGACCGAAGAGCACCAAGAAACUUACAAUUAUCACAUUAACUAGGAUAUUUCUACUCACCCAGGGACAAGCGACCCUUAUUCGAGAGCUGACAACACCUUCUCUGCCAGAUUUUAUUGCGGCUUGUAUAAGCCUGACCAAAGUUCCCGGUGUCAAUGUCUCAUAUUACGACGCUGGUGGAGGGUUGAUCAACACCGUCCUACAAGCUUUCGUGCAGCUCAUUUCGCAUCAUCCGGCCGUGUUUCGCCCAUUCUCACCACAGAUCCAGACUUUGGUGGGACCCCUCCUUGCACCAACUAUUCCAAAGGAUUUCUCUAGGCAUAACAAUGUUUUGAGCCAGUCAUCGCUAUCUGCCAAUGCUCGGCGCCUUUUUGUAUUACUCCAUUUGACGGCACCAAGGAAUGCAUGUGGAGAAGCAUGGACGUCCGCACUGCGCCAGACGAUGUUAUCUUUGCAUCGUACGGCAGACUUAGUCUUUCGUGCACUAGUUGAAGACGGACAGCAGGGGCGCGGCAAUUCUAGCAGUAGUCGAAAUGUGGCUUCGCUCAACCAGGAAGUAGCAGAUGAGAGUCCCGAACCUCUUCCACUUCUCGGGUGGGCUGGAAUCAAUGCAGGCAUAGCGCGGCUGAAUGGAUUGAUACUCCUAAUCCAAUCAUUUCUCUCCACAUCUACAUCCACAACCGUCAAUAUUCUCGUCAGUGAUAUUUUGGGUGUCUUAGAUCGGGUGACCUCAAUGACUGCGCCUCGCAGUGACAAAGACAGACGAGUAAGGACAGAGAUUAGCAGAGACGAACGUGAAAGCUUGUUCAUGUCGCUACCGAGUCUACACAUAUCGACAAUCAAUGCACUUUCUACUUUUGUUACUAGACUGCAACAUCAGUGCCUGCCAGUGGCGCAGACUAUCUUGACUCAGAUCCUCUGGAUCUUCCAAGAGGAGCAGUCUGAUCCCGAACUGCGACUGUCAAGCUACAAUGCCGUGGCCGAUGUGGUGUCUCUUCUCGGGGCAUCCAUUGCAAAAUCUAACUUCCAAGCUCUCUCUGGUCUACUUCAUUCGUGCUGCGAAGAUCUUCUCCCCCCAGCUCACUCAGAGGCGAAUGUGACGGUGCAAAACGGUGCGGGUGGCGCUUCUUUGAACCAAUCACAUCAAGGAUCGACGGUCGCGCCGAAUGGACUUCAUCAUAUAACCCAUACGUCUGCAAAAGUCCAGGAAGCUGCCGAAAACUUGGUGACUGCCGUGCUACGGAGAACGCCUGUUCAUUGGCUAGAUACACAAUUGCGUGCACAGAUCGACCGCACAAUAGUACUGGCAGGGUGCAAGAAUGCGAUGUUAGCGAGUACAAUUAAUCCAGCAACACAGAAUGGGAAAAAUGGAGCAAUUCUAAGUAUCCUACCGUUGGUUGCACAUCGAUUUCCAAUGUCUUCUCGUGUUGAUACAAUAAUUCACCCUCAAAUGCCUAUAAUCCACCACACUAGCGCAACAGGCAGCACUGAUUUCGAUGAGAUGUCUCAAGACAGUGAAGAACAUGAAGACGACUCAGGAACACAAAGAUCAAACUUCCCAGAUAUUCCAAUGAACUCUAAUGGCGACGUGCCUAGCUUAAGACAUGUUGAUACUCGUGAAUCCAGCCCUAAUAUUCUGCAGCCUAAUUCUGGAGAGAAUAUGCCAGCCGCUGCACCAUCAAUCGCGGAAGAUCCGGUUGCAGAAACACCCUUCAUUUCGUAUGUCACUGGGAAACGUGACCGGAGCAUGGAUGGGGACGCUAGCCUCGUCGAUAACAUGCAUGACUUCCCUCGGACUGAGGCUGCUAAGAGACAACGUCACCAUGGGUCAGAUCAUCUUCGAUCUCAACCCAAAGAAAAUCCUGAUACUAAUGGCAACACGACUGCUGACAUCAUGAAUUAUCAUGAAACUUCGAGAGUUACACAAAAAGACAUUUCGCUACCAGAAGAGCCUAGCAUAGCUGAAUCUCUUUCAAAGAUGCAAGAAAAUGCUCCGAGGGAUGACAUGAGUGAUAGUGACGAUAGCGAAAUCCCUCCUCUCGACACUGGAAUGGAACUCACCGAUGACGAGGGCGAGGAUGACGAGGAGUCCGGCGAAGAUGAUCAGCAGCAAGUCGAAGAGAAAAACAACAGCCUAGACGCGCCUUGA